UGACUCUCUCUCUCUCUGAUAACUGUCUUCUGGUUUUCUGGGAUGGUUUGAAGAAGACUUGUAUGUGAUGCUUCCUGCACAGAGACCAGCAGUAUUCCCCCUGGUCACCAUCCCGAGAUUUCAAUGAGGAUAGUAGCCUCACUCCACCCAGGAACAUGAAGGGCUUAUCAGGUGGUCGUGCACCGCACCAGAUUCCCACACUGCCCCCGUGUGGACUGGCGGAGUGCGAGCAUCUCCAUGACCUGCAUGGCAUGCAUGUGUCCGAUCUGCGCCACUCCUACCUGCUCAGCCCCACGGAGACCUGCGCCAUGGACUUCCAUCAUCGUCUUUCCCCCCGCAGCUCCAUUCACUCCGACUGCAUGAUCAUGUCACCCGUGGCGCUAACUUCCACUGCCCCCGCCGACCACGUCUCCAGCAGCACCUUUCCCAGAAUGCACUACAGUUCGCUGUACUAUGACCCAGCUGCCCGGGAAGACUGUGCAGCCAUCACCACCUCAGCCACAUCCGCCGCCGUCGCUGCUGCAACAUCUGCCUCUCACCACGUCAGCAGCAAAAGCAACCGCAUCCCCGCAAACCUGCUGGACCAGUUCGAAAAACAGCUUCCACUUCAUCGUGACGGCUUCCACACACUCCAGUACCAACGCACAUCUGCCGCCACUGGUGGGGAGCAGCGGAGUGAGAGCCCCGGUCGCAUCCGACACCUGGUGCACUCCGUCCAAAAGCUCUUCACCAAGUCCCACUCACUGGAGGGAUCGUCCAAGAUGAAUGGCACCAAAGGUGACAGUGGAGGUGGGGGAAGCCAUCACCAUCACCACGGCAAUCAUCACUCAUCCAAGCAUGGCAGCAGGCGCAGUAAAAGCAAGGAGCGCAGGCACCGGUCAGGGACAGGGGGCUGGUGGAGCUCGGAUGACAACCUAGACAGCGACAGCACCUACCGCACGGCCAGCGCCUUGAGCCGCCACCAUCAUGGUCACAGUUUCCCAGAAUCCAUGCACACUCACUUUGGAGACCACUCUCUCAAAACCUCCAAAAGCAACAAUGACGUCAAGUGUUCGGCCUGCGAGGGCUUGUCCAUGGCACCUGAGGGGAAGUUCAUGAAGAGGAGUUCCUGGUCAACACUCACCGUCAGCCAGGCCAAAGAGGCCUACCGAAAGUCCUCCCUAAACCUAGAGAAGCCCAUGAUGCAUCAGGACCUUAAACCAUCAUUCCGGUCCUCACACUACCUACAGGUGCCUCAGGAUGAGUGGGAGGGUUAUCCAGGGAUUGAGAAGGACCAGGAGAUCCCGUGUCGCCGGAUGCGUAGCAGUAGUUACGUCAAAGCCAUGGGAGAUGAUGAUAGUGGUGAGUCUGAUACCAGCCCCAAGACGUCGCCUCAGAAGACUGUGCGGUCCGAUGCCCUUGUCCUUAAAUCAGCCAUGCAGAGGCCACAUAUAGACACCCAAAGCUCUGGCUACCACUUGCAAACAAGGAGAGAUAUGCGCCCUCACCCCAGCGUGUCUCUGGACCCAGCAACCAACUUCAACCCUCCACAGUUUCGCUCCAGAAACCAGAGCUACAUGCGUGCAGUCAGUACCUUCAGUCAGGCAAGCUGUGUCAGCCAGAAUGCCGCCUCCGCACCCACCCCUGCUGUGUUUGGUGUACACAUGGAGUAA